CGUUUCUCUUUGUCUCUGUUUCUCUCUCCUGUCAGUUUUCUCUUCUCCUGCUAAUUUACUCCUCUCUCUGGUUUUUUUUUUUUUCUAAAUCAAAGUUCAUUUCAUUAAUUAGAACGAACGAACAAAAGAGUCUUCCGCCUAUGGAAAACGCCUUCCAGCAUACAAAAGAGAUAAGAACGCUGGGAAGAACUCCUUCUCUCUCUGUUUUUUAUCUCAAUUUGAUGUUCUUCUCUAUUUUAUUUUCAAGCUUGAUCUGCUGCCUAUCGCGAUCAGAGUAAGAGCGGGAGAGCUCGAUUCUCACACGCAAUUGACAAACCAAUGGAUGACCAGAUUGCGAUCAACAAGGCUGCUCCCAAAUUACUUAUAAUCUUUGUUUAUCCUCUUAUGCUCUGUAAAGUUGCUGUAAAUUCAGCAGAAAAUGAAGAAGAAAUAAGAAAAAAGAAAAAUCGAAGAGUUUCUGGGAAAUUAAAGAGAGAAGAAAGCUGGAAGUCAAUUUGGAAGUUUUUCUUUUGUUCGAAGAAAUUUUGAGUUUCUUGCAGCAAAUCUUUGUUCUUCUAGGGUCAAAGAAAGCAUUAAACAAAGAAGAAGAAACCUAGUUAAUUGUAAUCAUUUGUUUAUCCUUAUACCGUAAAGUUGCUGUAAAUUCAGUAGAAAAUGAAGUACAGACUUGGGUUUCUUGCAGCAAAAUCUUUGAUAUUAUUGAAUAUUACGCGCAUUAAAGAAGCUGGUCAAAAGAAAGAAAGAGUCAAAGUCGGUUCUGAAAACGUCGGCCAAUCGCGCGAUGAGCGUGGCGGCUGUUUUAAGUGGUUACGUAACUUAUUUGUUUAUUUGAAAAACUUUUUCUAUAAAUGGCUUCCAUGCUGGGUUUGAUGAAUGUUGGCAUUGCUUUCCUCCCCAAAGCAAAACAUAACUCGUUCAUUCAAUGGAAACAAGUAGAAGACGCUUCAUUUCGGGUCGAAAGGGAAAGAGUUCAGCAAAAUACAUGAGGAGGAGAUUUAAGAAGUUGAAAGAAGAGAUGAAAGAGAUCAGCAAAGAGCAGCAAAGCAUUAGGGAAGGGCAAAGGCAAGUUGCAGCAAAAUUCAAGGCAAUCGAAGAAGAAUGUGAGCAGCUGAGGAAGGAGACUCACCAGAUUAUUCGACAAAGUGCCAACACUCAAAUCCGCCUCAGCCUGAUGUUCAAUAUCCUCAAGGCACGAGAACAAGGUGAUUUCUCGAAGGCUGCUAACUUAACUCAACGACUUCGUGAAAUAGUAGCUAGAGAUAAUGUGUCACAGUCCGUAGAUCCAUGACUAGUCUAUCCCAUAUGGAUUGUCCAGCCAAUCCACAUGCAACGGUCCAUCAACUAUUGUCUUGGCAGCAGAGUAAAGUAUUCUAGGGCAACUAGAAUACUUUCCAAAAAUAAAAUCUUUCUUGUUGAUUACUUGCUCAUCAAAGAGGUAUAGUUUUAGGACUUUAUUUUCUUGUACUCCAAAGAAGUCUAAGUUAGAUACUUUCAUAUUUACUUUCACUUGCACACUAAGUUUAGGUUAAGUAGGCUAUUAUAAAUAGCACCUUUAGGAGUCGUUGUAAGGUAAUCAAAUCAAGUUUGUCGAAUCAAGCAAUUUACUUUGUGUUUAGAUCUUAGGUACUUUGUUUUUCUCUCAUUUGAGCAAUAAUACUUAUUUAUU